GCAAACCUAAUCCUUUCAUCUUUCAUUUUGUAUGAGCAAUUGUGUGAAUGUAAUUUGCUGCUUGUUUAACUGACAUGGAGUAUUUCAAAAUAACACAGUGGCUGCUGAAAAGCUCCGAUAUGCAGAAUAUUUCAACGCCCACCGGGACUACACCACCGGCACAUCAACUUUCGGUCACGUGGGCAACGCCACCGUGUGGUUCCAGCGAAAAAGAAUUAAAAGCAAAGCCACCAGUCACCCCAGCACCUGGACCAAGCACUUCAGGGGUUGGCAUUGAGUUUAACGAAAGUGCUGUGAGAAAGAGGUCACCAGAGAAGAAACCGACUGAAUUCACCUUGAGCUAUGCUGCCAGUAAUCUUGCCAGCCCUAUAACUGAUGCCUUUAUAGAUUUUCCUUUGCAACGCCAUUUUGAGGAGCACAAUCAAAGUCCCGGUUUCAGUAUCCACACGGACCAUAACGACGAUGACAACGAUGAGGAUGAUGACGAUGAAGAAGAUUACUCUGUGUCCGUGUCGGCUAUAAUGCAAAGACGUGCCAGCGUUCGUGGCUAUCGCACAAAAAGCAGUAGUCGCAAUUCCCGUAGAGCUUCCAGUCCAAUGGAUCACGUUUUGGAUAAUGCUGAGCGUAGACGCUCUAGCGUUUAUACAACAAGUUCAGAUGAAGGCACAAAUCAAGAAUCAACCCAAGAACAAAUAUUUGAAAAUAUUCGACUUCACAAGGAGGUCAUACAAUCUGUAAAACUUCAACCAUGGCCCAUAAGAAAGAAACUUAAGUUAGUAAGACAGGCCAAAACCUAUGUGGCACGUCAUGAGGGUGCACUACAGGAGCGUUUUGCUAUGUCACGUAGCACUCGAGAUUUGUGGGCGCGUUUUAAAAUUGUUAUGGCUGCUAAAUGGCGACAUUGGAAGCGAGAAAUUUACAGUUUCCUAACCGUGCUGAUACCCUGGGAGUUGCGCAUCAAAGAAAUCGAAUCGCACUUUGGAUCGGGUGUUGCAUCCUAUUUCACCUUCCUAAGAUGGCUGAUGUACAUGAAUGUUAUGAUAGCCCUGCCAUUGGUGCUGUUUGUAAUUGGGCCCGAGUAUUUUGGCACCAAAAAUGAUGAAAUUGAUCCACGCAAGAAAAUGACGGAUCGUGAAUAUACGGUAGCGGGAAAUUUACUCACCAUAUGGGAGUUUGAGGGUUAUCUUAAGUAUUCACCCAUGUUUUAUGGUUAUUAUUCAAGUUCCACGGGAGCAGCAGCUCAUGGUUAUCUACUACCUUUGGCUUAUUUUUUAACAGCCGUUGUGGUGUACAUCUACAGUUUUGUGGCCACUCUGAGAAAGAUGGCUGAGAAUUCAAGAAAUUCCAAGCUUUCAUCCAAAGACGAUGAGUGCACAUUUUCAUGGAAACUUUUCACCGGCUGGGAUUUUAUGAUUGGUCAUGCGGAAACUGCUCACAAUAGAAUCGCCUCCGUGGUAGUUGGUUUCAAAGAAGCUUUACUCGAGGAAGCCGAAAAGAAAAAGGACACAAGGAACUGGCGAAUAAUAUUACAACGCAUUGUAGUGAAUAUUUUAAUAAUUGCUUUACUGGCCGCAUCAGGAACUGUGGUGGUGUACUUGGUUAAUCAAUCCGAAGAACUGGCCAAAAAGGAUGAUUGGCUGAGUAAAAACGCUGUUAACGUCACCAUGAAUUUGCUGUCCUUUAUAUUGCCCAUGAUAUUCGAAGCCUUGGGUCUUUUCGAGAACUGGCAUCCGCGCCAACAACUACGCUUGCAAUUGGCCAGAAUUAUGAUUUUGAAUUUGUUGACCCUGUAUUCGCUCAUGUUUUCUUUCAUUUAUAAAAUCGAUAAAAAGGAAAGACCACUGAUCGAAUUAAAAUUGCGUAAUGACUCAAUGACUGCCGAACUUGCGCUUUUGCAUCAACAUUGGGAUAAUUACAAGAAAACCAUGGGCAGCAUGAACACGACGCAAGUUCAGGCCACAACAACAGAGGCGGCUAUAGCCACAACCGUAGCAGCAGUGAUAAAAAUUAGUUGCCGCAAUGUGACAAGGCUGUGCUCUAAGCAAUUUCCCAUUGGUAGGGGAUUUGCAGCGACAACGGCAGCAACGGCUGCCACAACAAUGAUGUUAUUAAAUCUCUCUACUACCAGCACCAUGAUGCCACCCCCACAAUUGCCAAUGACAACAACUACCACCAUGAUGUCUACCACAUUAGGGACAAGCGAAAGCCCAGCCAUGGCCACAGAAACACCAUGGAGUACAAACGUUUGGACCACUUUGCCACCUGCAACGACAACAGAGGAAACUAGGACCACCAAAAUUACAUGGCCCUCAAGUCCGACUAAUAGGAAUUUGUGGACUACAAGCCCAUUGACCACGGCAUCCAUAACAACAACAGCAACAAGCACAGAGGAUACAACGACACCUUCUGCUUCCAGCUCAACUACAGAAAAUCCUGGAAAUGAUGCCUUUGAAUAUUACGAUUAUUUUGCAGGUAUGUCGGUGGAGGAUCAAUUGGUGGAUAGUGAAAAUUCCUCCGGCAGUCCUGUGGAUAAGAGGAAAAGGGCUUUGAAGACAAACAAAAGAAAAAAGAAAAAUCAUGUAGCCAUUACCACUCUGCCUACCAAGGGGGAUUAUGACACUACUUCAGAACCCAAUACCCAGGUAAAGUCGCCCAGAAAAUCUAAAGGCAAACCAAAAAUUGGGCGUGUCAAGCGAGCAAAAGCUCCGCCUCAAGUACUAAGAUCAAAAUAUAGCAGAAGAGAUGUGGAAAGUGGUGCCACAACUUCAGGUGGUAUAGCAACUGGAGAGAACAUAGCAACAACUUCCAGCUUCAUUGCUGGCCUAACUACAACCCCAAGGGGAAGCGAAUCUGCUUCCAUAACUAUACCCCUGAACACUACAACUCUAGGGGACAAUUUAACAACCCUUGGCACCACAAUGGAUACCACUACAACUGAAAUUAUCACUACCACAGAUUCCACCACCACGGAUUCCACCACCACCACAGAUUCCACCACCACCACAGAUUCCACCACCACAGAUUCCACCACCACUGAUUACAGCACCACAACUGAUGCCACCACCGAAGCAACCACCGAUAAAGAAUUCGUUUGGGAACAAAAUGUUCUAUUGGAUAAAUUAUUUGAUUUUUUUACCACCUCAACCAGCACCGAAAGUCCUGUGCCCACAACAAUGGCACCCUCGGCAGGUGAUCGUCUGCUAUUCGAUGGUGAAACAGCAACACCAUUUUAUCUCAGCAGAGAUGGCGAGGAUAUGGGACAUACAGCCAUUUACAAUUUAAAUGACUUUGAAGAGGGGACCUUUCACUAUUGUUUUGAACUGAUUUGCACACAGGAACCUUCAUCGAUGAACCCAAACCAGCAUCAUUCGUCCAAAUUUCCUGCCGGCAGAAGAAGAAAGUUAACAAUGACCCAGGAAUUUGAGAGUAACUAUACAGCCAUUAUGAAAGAACUGAAUGAUAUCGAAGUGGGCCUUACAACCAUGUGUUGGGAAACCUCUCUCGGCCAGGAAUUGGCCAAAGUGGUGGUUCUGGAUGGGAUAACUGCCACCGUCCUAUCCUUGGUUAUAGAUUUUUUGCGAGCCCUAUUUGUGCGUUAUGUAAAUCAGAAUUGGUGUUGGGACAUGGAGAAAACCUUUCCACAGUAUGGAGAUUUUAAGAUUGCUGAAAACAUUUUGGGUUUGAUUAACAACCAGGGACAGGUGUGGAUGGGCAUAUUUUUUUCACCCGGUCUGGUGAUUAUCAAUCUUGUGAAAUUGGUGAUUAUGAUGUACUUUAGAUCGUGGAUUGUUUUGACCUGCAAUGUGCCCCACGAAGUUGUAUUCAAGGCCUCAAAAUCCAACAAUUUCUACCUUUCGCUACUGCUAACCAUGUUGUUUCUUUGUGUACUGCCAGUGGCUUAUGCCAUUGUAUGGCUGCGCCCAUCAUGGCACUGUGGACCCUAUUCCAAUUACAAUACAACAUCGGAGUAUAUAACCAAUAUCAUGAUGGAAGCAUUACCAAAAGAUUUCCAUCAACCCCUCAAAUAUAUGGCAUCUGCUAGUACAGUUAUUCCCUUGCUGCUACUUUUGAUUCUAAUCAUUUACUAUUUGGUCUCGCUGACGGGUGCGUUGCGUGAAGCCAAUCAAGAUUUGAAAACUCAAUUGCAAAAAGAACGUGAAGAGGAGCGCAGAAAGUUUUUCAAAGUUCCUGAAGCAAAACAGCCUGAGAAUAGCUCUACAACCAUGAGCAAUCGAUGGCGGAAGGUGCUAGAAGCCUCAUCACCAGUCUCGCCGACGGCACAGCCAGACUUUGAAAGCGAAGAAUACAAAACUCAGGCUAGAAAAGAACUUAUAUCACGCAUCAUGAAGAAAGCGUUGCGCAAGGAUUCAGCCACCUCAGAUGAGGAGACUUUUGCUCGCCAACAUGGAAGAGAUGAUGACACAGAUACGGAACAUCAUGACUCGCUACCACACGAUGAGGAUGGCAAUGAAAGGCGACCAGGUUUGUCCAAACUCCAGGAAAUACGCAGAACUCGUAAGCCCUCACUGGUGGAUAUCGUACAAAUCGCCAAUAGCGAAAGAGAACGCGUGAGAUCAUUGCGCAAACAAGCGCUGGGCAAUGGGGGCAAAGGUAAAAAGGGUGAGAAGUCAGAGAAGAAGCCCCCUCCCCCACCGCCUCCUCCACGUGCGGGAGACAAUGAAAAGGAUAAAAGCAACGAACAUGAAAAGGACAAUGGCAAUGAUCCUGAGGUCAAGACCCGUGUCAUCAACGAGAGACGCCAGAGUUUAUUGCGUAAAAAGAAAGAAGAUGAAGCCUAUCAAAAGGACACUGAUUAUAAGUCCAAGGAUAUAGCAAAGGACGAAGAGUAUAUGGAAAAAUCUAAAAUAAUUGAAACGAAAGUGAAUGAGAAGCACAGCGAAAAACUUAACAAUGACAAAAAUAUUCAGGACAAAGAAAAGCAUGAGGAAAAUGAAAAGGCAAAAACGAAAGACAAAGAAAACGAGGAGGAAAAUAACAGGGCUAACAUGAAAGAAAAGAAGAAGAAAACAGAAAACGACAAAGAAAAGGAAAGCGAAAAUGACAAGGCCCAAACAGACAUUCAAUCGCCCAAGGAAAAGGAGAAGACCAAAGCCAAAGACAAAGAUAAAGAUAAAGAAAAGUCCUCUGGAAAAGCACCAAAGAAUGCUCUUGAAAUUCUUAUAAUACCUGAAAUGGACAGAGACAAAGAGAAAGAGAAACCCAAAGAAAAGGAAAAACAAUCGAGAUCGAGACCAACUUCUCCCAUCAAACAUCGAAUUUAUGAAAGUUUUCGUCGUAAGAAACGCGAAGACAAAGACAAAACCCAGCCUGCCAAACAAAGCUCUUUGGAAAAGACCCAAGAGGAAGAGGUGAAAGAGGGGGAAGCAGUCGAGACAGCUUCACCCAACGAAACUGAGCCCUCCAAGAAGAGAUCACAAUCAAAAAAGAAUAAGAAUAAAAAUUUGGACCCUGUGGAGGCCAAUGAAAGCCUACCCUCAUAUCAAAUAGUUAAUGAAAAAUCUCCCACACCUCAUGAGGAGAAACAAAUCUCACCACCCAUGCUGGAGCAGUUACAAAAUCUGGGUGGCAAACUGAAAUUCAAACGCCACAAACAGAAACCCUCAACGGAACCGGAAGUAUUUAAAUUUGAUACGGACAAAGUGCCCAAGGAGGCGGACAUAGCCACCACACCCACUUGGCAGCAUUUGGAUGCAGAGCUGCAAUCACCACGCUCUGGCGAAGAUGUGACCACUCCGACCUCCCAUCAUCAUCAUCAUCAUCACCUGGGAGGGGAUAAAUUCGCCAGUCUUUCAAGGCAAAGUCGCAAGAAGAUAGGCUCAUUUUUGGCCUUGAUGAAGGAUGCUGUAACGAGGCCCGAACAGCAUGAACAACAACAAGGUGAUGCAGCCAUAGAUAUGCCAAUAACGCCACGUCUGGAAAUGUCCUCAGCUUUAAAUAAUGCCUUUAUGCUUCCCAUAGCCAUGCACACAACAACGAGCAGUGCACCCAGCAGCAAUACCAAUACGCCACCACCAAUCCCCACCAUUUCCAGCAGUAUUCAGCCUUAUGUUAUGCCCCGAGCUCCCUUGGAAAUGCCCGAGGACAUUGAUCCACCCAGUUAUAGCCACCUAAUGAUGGCCGCCGAUGAAACACACAUAGAAACUUCCAAGGAUCCCGAAGAAUUGGACAAGCCCGGUCCCAUUGUAUUCCAGCAGCGUCUGGUAUCGCAACGUAGACGCCCCAUACGUCAGGAUUCGCAAUCGUCCAACUGGUCCGCUGACAAUAUACCAACCAUCACCAUAAGUGUUACCUCAGAUGGGGAGGAUCAUCCCAGAUCACCCCGCGUAGCCAGUGGAGCAGCGUCUCCAACGACUCCUGGAGCUGGCCCCAAAGUGAAUGUCAUCAAGAUUAACAUUGAUAAGGACCAAAAGUGAUUUUUUUUUUUUUUUUGUUUUCAAAUAGAAAGCUUUUGUUUGUUGCCGCCGCCAAGCUAUAUGCUAAAAACAAGAGCUAAAACCAUUUGUAAUGAAAAAUUUCUUCCCUUGAUUGUAUACCGUU